GGAGCGCUCAUCGCCGCCCGCCGGCAGGCCCGGCGUCCGCGUCGCCCCUGCGCUGCCUCCGCGCCCCCAGCGGCGGGCGCCCUUCUCGGCCGAAGCACCCCCCCAGCUCCAUGAAUGGAAAUCGGCUCCGCAGGACCCGUUGGGGCCCAGCCCCUACUCAUGGUGCCCAGAAGACCUGGCUAUGGCACCAUGGGCAAACCCAUUAAAUUGCUGGCUAACUGUUUUCAAGUUGAAAUCCCAAAGAUUGAUGUCUACCUCUAUGAGGUAGACAUUAAACCAGACAAGUGUCCUAGGAGAGUGAACAGGGAGGUGGUUGACUCAAUGGUUCAGCAUUUUAAAGUGACUAUAUUUGGGGACCGUAGACCAGUUUAUGAUGGAAAAAGAAGCCUUUACACAGCCAAUCCACUUCCUGUGGCAACUACUGGGGUAGAUUUAGAUGUUACUUUACCUGGGGAAGGUGGAAAAGAUCGACCAUUCAAGGUAUCAAUUAAAUUUGUCUCUCGGGUGAGUUGGCACCUACUACAUGAAGUACUGACAGGACGGACCUUGCCUGAGCCACUGGAAUUAGACAAGCCAAUCAGCACUAAUCCUGUCCAUGCUGUUGAUGUGGUGCUACGACAUCUGCCCUCCAUGAAAUAUACACCUGUGGGGCGUUCCUUUUUCUCAGCUCCAGAAGGAUAUGACCACCCCCUGGGAGGGGGCAGGGAAGUAUGGUUUGGAUUCCAUCAAUCUGUUCGACCUGCCAUGUGGAAAAUGAUGCUUAAUAUUGAUGUUUCUGCCACUGCCUUCUACAAAGCACAACCUGUAAUUCAGUUCAUGUGUGAAGUUCUUGACAUUCAUAAUAUUGAUGAGCAACCAAGACCUCUGACUGAUUCUCAUCGGGUAAAAUUCACCAAAGAGAUAAAAGGUCUGAAGGUUGAAGUGACUCAUUGUGGAACAAUGAGACGGAAAUACCGUGUUUGUAAUGUAACAAGAAGGCCUGCCAGUCAUCAAACCUUUCCUUUACAGUUGGAAAAUGGGCAAACUGUGGAGAGAACAGUAGCACAGUAUUUCAGAGAAAAGUAUACUCUUCAGCUCAAGUACCCACACCUUCCUUGUCUGCAAGUGGGGCAGGAACAGAAACAUACCUACCUGCCGCUAGAAGUCUGUAAUAUUGUGGCAGGGCAACGAUGUAUCAAGAAGCUAACGGACAAUCAGACUUCCACUAUGAUCAAAGCAACAGCAAGAUCUGCACCAGAUAGACAAGAGGAAAUUAGCAGAUUGGUAAGAAGUGCAAAUUAUGAAACAGAUCCAUUUGUUCAAGAGUUUCAAUUUAAAGUUCGGGAUGAAAUGGCCCAUGUAACCGGACGUGUACUUCCAGCACCUAUGCUGCAGUAUGGAGGACGGAAUCGGACAGUAGCAACACCAAGCCAUGGAGUAUGGGACAUGCGGGGGAAGCAGUUUCACACAGGAGUUGAGAUAAAAAUGUGGGCUAUAGCUUGCUUUGCCACACAGAGGCAGUGCAGAGAAGAAAUACUGAAGGGUUUCACAGACCAGCUGCGGAAGAUUUCCAAGGAUGCAGGGAUGCCCAUCCAGGGCCAGCCUUGCUUCUGCAAAUAUGCACAGGGGGCAGACAGCGUGGAGCCCAUGUUCCGGCAUCUCAAAAACACCUACUCUGGGCUGCAGCUCAUUAUUGUCAUCCUUCCAGGAAAGACGCCAGUGUAUGCGGAAGUGAAACGUGUAGGAGAUACACUUCUGGGUAUGGCCACACAGUGUGUCCAAGUGAAGAAUGUAAUAAAAACAUCCCCUCAAACUCUCUCAAACCUGUGCCUAAAGAUAAAUGUUAAACUCGGAGGGAUCAAUAAUAUUCUUGUACCUCAUCAAAGACCUUCUGUGUUCCAGCAACCAGUGAUCUUUUUGGGAGCAGACGUCACUCAUCCACCAGCUGGUGAUGGGAAGAAACCUUCUAUUGCUGCUGUUGUAGGUAGUAUGGAUGCCCACCCAAGCAGAUACUGUGCCACAGUAAGAGUUCAGAGACCCCGACAGGAGAUCAUCCAGGACUUGGCCUCCAUGGUUCGAGAACUUCUCAUUCAGUUUUAUAAGUCAACUCGGUUCAAACCUACUCGUAUCAUCUUUUAUCGGGAUGGUGUUUCAGAGGGACAGUUUAGGCAGGUAUUAUAUUAUGAACUACUAGCAAUUCGAGAAGCCUGCAUCAGUUUGGAGAAAGACUAUCAACCUGGAAUAACCUACAUUGUAGUUCAGAAGAGACAUCACACUCGAUUAUUUUGUGCUGAUAGGACAGAAAGGGUUGGAAGAAGUGGCAAUAUCCCAGCUGGAACAACAGUCGAUACGGAUAUCACACACCCGUAUGAGUUUGAUUUUUACCUCUGUAGCCAUGCUGGAAUACAGGGUACCAGCCGUCCUUCACACUAUCAUGUUUUAUGGGAUGAUAACUGCUUUACUGCAGAUGAACUUCAGCUGCUAACUUACCAGCUCUGCCACACUUAUGUGCGCUGUACACGAUCUGUUUCUAUCCCUGCACCAGCGUAUUAUGCUCACCUGGUGGCAUUCAGAGCCAGAUAUCAUCUCGUGGACAAAGAACAUGACAGUGCUGAAGGAAGUCAUGUUUCAGGACAGAGCAACGGGCGAGAUCCACAAGCUCUCGCCAAGGCUGUACAGAUUCACCAAGAUACCUUACGCACAAUGUACUUUGCUUAAAAAGUCCAAGAAUAUUCUGUGAGAGGAAGAACUGAAAGAUGCAUCGACAUACAGCAUAUGUUUCCAGUUGAGUGGGGAUGCCUCCAGCCAUACAGCAACCAACACUGUGUGGGGACCAGGGUCUGAUUUUUAUGUUGAUACAAGGAAGAUUGUUUACUUCAUCAAGGAACACAGCACCAUUAUGCAAUAUGAAACCAGCCAACUGCUUUUUUGUGCGGUCUCCUUAGGAAGUAUCGCCAUUGUUUUGUUUUCACUUUCUUGUAGUCUAACCCUUUUAAUGCCUUUACCUCAAGUUGCUUGGCAGCACAACUAUCUUUGCAAAAAAAGUAAAGAAAAAGUAAAUGACAGUUUAAAAAAAAAAAAACACACCUACAUGAAUAAUCAGUGAUUGUUCACGAUUAUGUGUGCAAAAAAAUUAAUGUGCAUUCGUGUAUUCUUGUAAAAAGUAUCUGUGUAUAUUUUAAAUAUAUACAUGUAUACUUCAUAUGCAUAUAUAUCUGGAUCUACAUUGCUAAUAGAUAUAUAUGUCUGUGCGUGUAUUUUAUAGUUCAUUCCAUUGGGGAACUUUCCCUUUUAUCAUCUUCCCACCACCACUUUGAUUUUUCUCUCUACCUCCCUCGCAACCUCAUCAUCUACAUUUUUUUUCUUGAUGCUACCAGUGACAUUCAGAUGUUCAUGUAUUUAGUUCAUUUGGAUAUAAAGCAUGGCAAAACUAGAUUUUUAUUUUUAUUUUGCACAUCCUACUCCUGUCUCUUGUCUCAUACACAAUUCUAAGUCCUCAACUCUUGAUACUGCUUUCUUAAGAAACAAAAUUAUUAUAUAUAUAUAUAUAACUGUGUAUAUAUAUACAUAUAUAUAUAUAUAUAUAUAUAUAUAUAUAUACUGUUUCUGUGAGAGUACUGUCUGCCCCCUCCUGCUCCGAACUUACAUUUGCCAUUUGUGCAAUGUGUACAUAAGCAGUAGCAACCUUAAACUAUUCUUUUUCUUUAGUUUGUUAAAGCUGCUAUAAAUAUAAAACCUUGUCAGAAGUUGUAACUCAAAAAUUUCCCUCUAUAAGUGAUGUGUAUCCUAAAACCUUCUGUUUCUAUGGGUUAUACAUGAAAAUCCCUUAUAGCUUUUAUAAAGGGCAAAUAUUUUAAAUGAUUGGAAGUCUUUAGGGUUGAGGCCUCUGAAAUUGGGUGGAGAGAGAGAAGGGGUUAUUGAGGAUUUUUUUAAUUUUAAUUUUUUUUUGCUAGUUUACUUGCUGCCUCUCAUACCUUAAUGUGAUUUUCAUAUAUAUAUAUUUUUAUAUAUAUGUGUGUAUAUAUAAACAUAUAUGUAUGUGUUUUGAAGUACAGCUUCCUUUUCUUUUAUAUUUAUUAGAAUAGUGCUUUAAUAAUUAGAGAACUGUAUUGGCAACAUCUUUUAUAGAAAUGUAAUCAUGUUUAUUUUAAGAACUGACAACUUGUUUUUGCUGUCUUUUAGUGCAAUAAGCAGUUUUAAAGGAAAGCUGUGUCUGUUUGAUAUCUUUACCACAGAUAGUGGGAGAAACAGGCACCUCCAUAAUUUUAAAAGGGCAAAGUAAUACAGCCUUAAUUUCAGAAGGAAAGUUUUUUGUAAUUUUUCAAGUUUAAAGCAUGUCUUUUAAAAAUCAAAAUGAAAAUGAAGGAAGUUGAAUUUCCUACGUGAGUCUGACAUUGAAUAUUAGAGACAGAGAUGAGCUUUGAUUUAGGAAAUGAUGGUGAAUAGGGGCACCUGGCUGACUCAGUCACUAGAGCAUGUGACUCUUGAUCUUUGAUUUGUGAGUCCAAGCCGCAUGUUGGGCAUGGAGCCUACUUACAAAAAUAGCUUAAGAUUUAGAAGACAUUUAAUUCUUUGAAAAUAGAUCGUGUUUAUUGAACAAUCAUACUGGUUAGGUGCCCAUUUUCAUUUACUAAAAUUAAUCAAGAAAAUGUAAAAUGAUACUUUAAAAACAUUUUUUUGCCAAUUUAUCAGCAGUGUAACUUUCCUUUUAAAAUUAGGGUUAUGAUGGCAAAGGAAGUUAGGACUUUGAUCAUUUUAAAUAAGUUAAAUCACUGAAAUGUGGAAAAAGUUUUAUAAAACUUCUGUUUUAUUGGUUUCAUUCACUUUAAGAUAUUAAAAAGUAUUAUAGAGCUGUCAAAAUCGAGUUCAUCAGUAACAUGGAAUCAGGGGAGCUUUGCACUUUGUGACUCAUGAAAAUUGCAUUUUAAUUUUUUUUUUUUUGCACUGGUUCAGAGUAUAGAUACUACAGAUUGUUUCCAGUGGGCAUUGUUAAACCUUUCAGAAUUCCAUCUGCACAUGAUAACAAAUGGAUUAGUUCUUUAGUUUCUCUCUUACCUAUAAUUCGCUCUUAUUUGCCAAUUUACUGUAUUUUGAGCCUAAAAUCUGAGCCCAUGUCCUCCAACAGGUAUGAAAUCUUUCGUUCCUCUGCCAGAAAACUAAGAAAGUACUGUAUUUUGUAUGUUUAUUAUUGAAGUGUCUGAAAUGCAAUUUACAACACUGUUUCAAAGCUCUUUACAUGAAGUAAUAUUUGUAUAGUAUAUACAUUUUUUUCUCCCAACCCUCCCCUUCUCCUACAAAAAUUUCCUAUAAAGCAUGUAUUUUUUUUUUUACAUAGAAAUUUCACUAAAUAUAGUCAGGAACAUGAAAACCGUAUAUCCUAGAUGGUAAAAACUUGAUUGCUGUAUGUUCUCUCAGUAUGAGUAAUAUACCUUCCUUUACCAAUAGAAGUUACACAGACUUAUGUGGAAAACUGUAGGGCCCAGGGAAGAACUGUAGAUACCUUUUUCCUAUUUACUGCUUCACCUAAUUUUCAGUUACUUAGCUUUCCAUGUGCUAGAAUGAAACCCGUAAUUUAAAUCUAUUUAGGACUUUUACUGAGGAAAAACCAUUUUUUUAAAUAUAAAGCUUUACCUUUAAAGUAAGUUCUUUUUUAGGGUUUCUUUCUUACAGUUUCACAUUGCUAGUUUAAGAUUGGUUAACUUGAAAGAAUAUGUAUAGUAUAUUUUGCUUACUAACAAAUUGGUAUAUCAAACUUAAUUAAAAGAAACCUUGUGCUUAGAAUUUUAAGAUAAAAGACUAAGUGGCAAAUACUUUUUGAGAUUUGUUUUAAUUAUUGCACUUCUGGUAUAGAAUUCUUGAUCUUUUUUUAUUAAAAAAAAUUUUUUAAAGAUUGUUUUGGAUUUAAAGGUCAUGAAACUCAACAAUGACCUUUCUGUUCCUGCCUUUGCUCACUAAACUAUAUAAUGAAUGCUAAGUUUUGGUCUGCUGUUUUCUAUGAUGCAUAAGAGUAACUUUAAAAUGUCAGUCCCAGCCACUGGUAUAAUUGAUUUUCAUGUGAAGAAGAGUUGGGAGUUUAAUGUAUAUUCUGGAUGGCAAAUGUGUCUGGGUAGAGUGCUGAUAUAUGUUAUUACAGUAUCCAGUUACUGGCAUUGAGGACCAUACAUUCAUAAUACUGUAGCUGCUAUAUUUAUUUAAUUAUGUAGAGUCUGACAGUUACUGCACUAAACAAUAGGGAGAUGAGCAGGAUUGGAGGCUAGUAUUAGAUACCACCCCCCCCCUUUUUUUUUUCCUAAAUAAGAUUAAGAACAUGAAAUAAGGUAACAAAGGGUGCUGCCAUUUUAGUUUCAAUAUAGUAUUAGGAUACUCUUUGUUUUAGAUGUGUGGGUUUUUACUUUAGGGGUUUUGCAAAAGGGUACCUCAACCUCCUCAGUACUGGUUUUUGGCAUAUUUUCACAGAAGUACAGAUGCCCUUUAUUUUUUAAUAUUUUAGCUUUUAACAAGUUACUCAGAAAAAAAAAAAAAAAGUUCCUCUAUGGAAAUCUACCUGUUUGUAAUCUAUUAAUUUAUUUCUCUUCCUAAAAGAGUCUAGAAGGGAUUCUAGUAGGAAUGUACCGGGUGUUUUGGAAGGCAUUUGAUAAAAGAUUCAUCUCUACCUUCUAGCAUAGGGACUCCUAGCCUUCUAAAGACCAAUACUAGUUUUCCAAACUAGGUUCUCUGAUGACCCACCACUGCCUAAUGUUUACUUGUAUAUUAUGUAAUGGAUUUUAGUAUGACAGACUUAGAGGAAAUUAAAUCUGAGUUGCCAUUCAGUAGAAAUGGCUGGCAGAGGAUCUCUGUUUAAGAAAGAGGUCAACACUCAAGAGUGCCGGUAAUAGAUCUGAAGUAAUUGGAUUAUAGUCCCGGAAUUAGAGACCAUUGUUGAAAGAAAGUUGGUGUUUUCAGAGGCUAACAUGAAUUUGCCGAGGGUGGUGAUUUUUAUGACAUCCAUCAAGCUAGCCACUUGGAUUCAGCUAGAAGAAUUUGUAACAGUCCUGGUAUUUCAAACUGGAUAGAAAUAUUAUGUCAGAAAGCUUAACUGAUAACUCCGUAUAGUUUUUAUUCAGUAUUAUUAAACCUGAGUUAAAUAUUUGGUUAGAUCAUCUGUUAGAUGUUUUCCUGAGUAUUUUUAAAAGACAGGUUGCUCCAUCAGUAACUUGCUACUUAAAUUAUCUUUUUUGAGUUAUCAGUGAAGCUGAAAAAAGACAUCAUUGGCUUGGCGUCUUUAUUUUGUUUUUUUAAUCCAUAAAAAGUUUUAAUCCUUUAUACAUUCUUUUUGAGAAUUCAUGGAUGUCUUAAAGCUUCAAUAAUAAUAGUUGGGAUAUUAUUAUAUUAUAAUAUCAAGUGAGGCCUCCCUGACUCUACAGUCUGUCUUUAUUUUCUUAUAUCCCUCCCAUUUGAUCAUAUAAAGCACUUUCAUGAUUCUAUAGGAUUCAAAGUUAAAAAAAAAAAAAAAAAAGCCAAGAAUAGAUGUGUAAAAUCAGAACAGAAAUGUGGAAAUGAGUUUUCUCCAAAAAAUCUUCAAAAAAAAAAUUAUGCUUGUACUAAAAACAUUCCUGAUCAGUGACAGUGUUAGAAAUAAUACCAUGAUUAGUGAAACCUAAGCUGACUCUCAGGAGGAAAAAAAUUAAUCUCUCUCGCCCCCUCUCACUCCCACUCUCUCUAUAUAGAUAUCUCAAAGGAAAAAAAUAUUUUUUUACUUUUUCCUACUUUUAAAAAUGGUACACUUCAGUUUAUAAUUUUCCAUGUCGAUCAAAAUAAUUUUUUUUAACGAGUAAUGGUCAAGGCUUGUGCUAAUAAUAUCUACUGCUUUUUUAAAUUUUAUUUUUCUUUACCCAGCAAAGAUAGUACUCUAGAUUUUUACAUUGUUCAUUAAACCUCAAGAAUUUAAUCCUCUUAAAGUAUGGAAGCUAAAGAUUUUAAUUUGAAUUAAAGAUAGAUAAUAAAUUUAAUAUGGAAGGUUGAGAUUUACCAAUAAGAAACCCUGUUGACGUAUCAGGUAACAAAGAGUGUGACAAAAUUAAGAUCUUGUUAAUCAUUCUCUCCAGCCAUUGGUCUCCCUUCCUUCUUGAAAUCAAUGUCCGAAGUAACCAAAACCUAAUCUAUCUAUGUUAGGGUCUCAGUAAAGCAAAGAUGUUCUUCAGGGUAGACGCUGAAUUAAAUUUUUAAAUCAUUUUUUAAAACAAGGCGGUUCUUAGAAAGUGCCUUUUCAGAAGAUGGUGCUGUAGAUUUUUAUUUUUCAAAUAGCACGAGACUAAAAAUUUAAAAGAUAAAUUAUUUUAGAACUCCAAGAGUGUGACAGUUUCAUAUAAAUAAUGUUAUCCGUUGUCCUGAAUCUGGUCCAAGGGAACCAAGUAUAAAGGUUUUAUUCAGUAAAGUAUCUAGGUAAAUGCUCACCAAAUGUAUUUUGUAAGUUUGAAAAAUAAAUUUUUAACAAAAUUAACCCUUUCAGUUCUCAGCUGUGUUUAAGGUAAUCUAUAAGGCACAUAAGACAGCAAAUCUGCUCAACUUCUGAACAAGAGUAUAGGGUAUAGUUGCAAGUGCCCGAAGGCAAAGGUAACUUGCCAGGGAAUUACAUAUCAUUGGCUACCUUUUUUUUUUUUUCCAGCAUAGAUUGACCCCUCUGUAAAUAUCUGUUGGCAUCAUUUUCCUAAUUAAUAUUUAUUAAAGAAGACUGCUUAUAUAUAAAAGGAGAGCCAAGUCACCAUGGAAAUUAGUUUAAGAUAAAAAAAAAGUGAUUAUAUCUGUAUGUUUAGGGAAAUUCUCUUUUUUAGGCACCAAGAAAUAUUUUAAGUGAUUCUCUCUCUCUCUCUUUUUUUUUUUUUUUACCAUGGGGGGAAACUAUGAAAAAUGAUGACAGUACAUCUAAAAGGGUAUGGUCACUUAAUUAAGAAUGCAAUGUGCAAAAUUGGGCUUUGGAGGAAAUAAGCAAUAUAAAGGGUAAUAGCAGAACCAUUCGGACUUAAUCUACCAGAAAACAGGUUUCCCCUGGACUGUUUACUAGUACUAGUAAACAGCAGUAAAUGAUCACCUAACUAGUUCUUGCUUGUGAAUUUGGUGAGCAUUUCUCCAGAAAAGAAUAGACUAAAAACAAAAAACACCACACCUCAGUAACCUUGUAUGCUGCAUUAUGUAAUAAUGAUAGUAAAAUUAUAUCAAUUGUUUGGAGUGUACUGUGUGUGUUUGCAAAUAUACGUGCACAUUAAACUUUUUCAUUUUUUAUAAUGUCUUAAUAGCAAUUAUGAGUUUAUUUUUUUAAUAUUAAUUUUUCUAUUGUGAUGUUUAUAUUUAUUGGCAAUUUGUGUGCAACUUUUAUAUUUUGCUUAGAUGUUGGUUUUAAGGUAUUUUAUUUUUAUAGAUAUUUCUAGCUUUUUCUCUUUCUUUGUAAUAUUAGCAAAGAUUAAUAUGGAAUGUUAAUAUACCAACCAAACUACUAAUUCCAUAAAGUCUAGAGUUUGGAUUUUUACCAAUAAACCGUUAACACUAUUUUCUAACUUAGAAUAUUUAAUGUUUAUAUAGUGGGCAUUAAAGACAGUCUUUAGACAGAUUUCUAAAUGUGGAGGGGAGGUGGGGCUUUUCUGUAAAUCAGCUUUCUUUCCCUUAAGUAGCAAACUAACACUAACCAAUUGGAUUUAUUUUACCUAAUCUGCAGUUUGGGGGCAGCUUGUCAAAUAAAUGAUUGUUAAAUUUAUUUUUUUAAUUUGAACUACAUUGAAACUACAAAUGGUCACAUCAUUCAGCAUUAGGAUUAUGAUGUUUUUAUAGACCUGGGAAACAUAAGAAAUGAUCCCGAAGUCAUUGAUAAUUGACUUUGAAAUGAGAUUUCCUCCACGCUCCCAUAAUUACAGUAAAUGAAAGAUUUGCGACCUUGAUUGUUUCCCUAGCAUACUUUCAAAGUUGAUUCAACCCUGAGCAUCAGUGAAGAAACAGGCAUCCGGGUAGAAGAGCAGAUAGACUGAGUAAUACCGUAUUUCAGUGAAUUAAAAAAUCUAAGUAAUAACUUAUGGAUGCAAUUAGAAGGCAGUGAAAAAUAUUGAUUGUAAAAUAUUAAUUUCAAGCAAUUGUGGUCACUCCAGUUUGCUAGUGAAUAGAUAAGAUUAUUUGUAUUACAGUGCACACUAACUUUUUACAAAGGCAUGUGAAAAGAGUGAAUUCUCUUAAGCAAGUAAAAUAUUUCCAUAGUAUUUUUACAUUGUGGAUUUGCUUGGUAAGCCACUUUUCUGUAAGAAAUUAAAAGAUGCAUUUUAUCCCAUCCUCUUGAGCUUUAAAUUCUAAAUUAUCACGGCUCAGUGUAUGACAUUUUGCUGUACUAUAUUCUUUCUGCUGAGGGGGUAAAUAAGAAAGUUUCAAGUAAUUAUAAUUGGGAAAAUGUUAUUUUUAUAUUAUGUAAGAUUUUUUAACUUAAAGUGAAUCAGUAUGUGAUGUCAUAUAGACACUAGUCAUGUAUUUUCUGCAAUUUUGCCAGUUACAGUAGUUUUGGUUUUGUUUUGUUUGUUUGUUUGUUUGUUUGUUUUAUGUACUAUUCUCAGCUAUUCCCUUCACCCCCACAUUAAGUAUUAAUUGAAGACUGGUACUCUGGUUAUAGGAAUUUGUUGCUACUAAGUAUGUUUCAAGCAGUCAAGGUAUAUUUUUAUUGCAAGUAUAUGCCACCUCUUGAGGAUAUUUAUUGUGCUUAUAACAUUAAUAGUUUUAUUCAUUAUGUUUCAACAUUGUUCUAGGUUGACAGGCAUGUAAUUCUUGCAGGCCAACAUUUUUAAGGCAAGCUCGAGUAGAAAUAGACCUUUAUUUCUUUUUUUUUUCCUUCUGAAAAUUCAUAGGAACCUGACACAUAGAGCUUAUUUUUCUCUUUUAACUGUUGGCUCCAUAAAUCAAGGAGUACUUGGCAUCAGUUCUGAAUUACCACAGUGAAGUACUUGGUGGCUUGUUCUUGUUUAUAGUCCACCUCCUAAGAAAGAAAUAACUUGUGCAGUAAGUAAUGGCUCAUCCUAAAAAAGAACUGUCGUGAACAGUCCUAUAUGAGUAGAAAACAGAUGGAUGUGUUGGUCAUUGGAACUUUGCUAGUUUGGGUUUUAUUAUUUCCAAAAAUUAACUGUGUUCACAUCUAUAAUUUUAUGUUUGAAGUUUAACAGGCUGUGGCCAGAGAUUAGAGAAGGCAAUUACUCUGGUAUUCAAUGCCUAAAACUUUCCAUCCUUAUUUAUUCCAUGCUUUAAUUGGAAGGACAAACAAGAUUCCUUAAUUUGGGUCUUUAAUAAUAUUUUUAGAACCAAACAAGGAAAAACUUUUUCUACUAAAUCUUGCAGAUGUGACUAUCUUUAUUCUAAGAACCUGUGGAAACAGGAGGUCUUUGUAAAGAAAUGAACUGGUGGCAUUGUGAGCUGUGUGUAGCGAGGGGACGUGGGAAAGGCUUCUCUCCUGACACAGCUGUAGGUUUCUAAGGAUGUCAUAUUUCCCUAGUUCUCACAACCACACUGUAAAAGAGGGAUUUGCUCUCUAUGAACCUACAGAAGAGACCUGAGAAGAGUUCCUUGUAACCUAAAUUGAUCUGCUGCUGUUGUCCCAGACCUAAAGCUGCAUCUCUUCUCGUUAAGUCAGAGAAGUCUUGAAAGUUGCUUCUGAAUUUAUAACCAAGAAAUUAAGUGGAGUCUUUAUCCUUAAAUAGAGCCUUGGCAUCGCUACCGACAUGGCUUUUCUCUUUGCAUAGAAAACGCCCAACAGGCCUUUCCAGACAAGGUAGCCUUUCCUGCAAAGAAAAUGUUUUUGGUGAAAGAUUUGGGGGAAACACAGAUUCGUUGUAAUGAAGGGGAAUCUUACUUCACAUGGUUCAGCCAGGUUAGUGGAUGCAACUCGCGCCCAGGUUGCUUAACAAGAGGAAGCUUUGGGUUUGGUAGCAACACACUCAGAUCUCCAAAGGUAAUGAAGGGCACAUAGCUCUGUUUAAAGAAGGGGAGUGAUCCCAGAUUAUUGGAGACAGCCCUGCAAAUGUGCAUGCGCUUUUUCUGACUCACACCAGGAAUAAGUAAGCAUUACGAGAAACUCUGUCCCUGAAAGAAGAUUCUUAAGAUGUUUUCCAGGGGCUUUCUCAUUCUUAGCCUAGGGUGUAACCCCUUUCUCCUCUUUAAAAAAGGAAAAGGGAAAGCAUUUAAAAGUCAUUUGUACAGAAUUCCACUAUGAGUAAAAAACAGUCUUAUAUAUUUGGGGAAGGAGGAUCACACACCACAAGUUAUAGGUUGGUUGAGAGACUGAGCACUUUUUUCAUAUUUGGGUUCCACAGUCUUUCCUUUGAACAUACCAUUCCUUGUUCUGCUUGAGCGUCAUCCAUUCUGUUUUGUGAUAUAAUCAAUGUUUUAUGCCAUUGAUGAAUUGUGCGGUUCUCUCCCCACCCUGACCCAUAUUCAUUCUCCUUCUCUCUCAAAAAUAAGGGGGAGAAAUAAAGCAAAAAAAGACAAUGUAAUCAGUAUCUUUAGAAUGUAACUUUGGUCUACAGAUGGAGAGAAACUCUUAACUUCGUACAGUGAGGAUUAAGAUCGAAAGUGUUAAUGCUGCUGAUAUGAUCUGUAGCCAUAAUUUUUUUUUUUUUUGCUAAAGAGUGAUAAAGUGAACAGGAUAUAUAUCAAAAAUAUGCUAAAGUGAUGAAACUAUUGAAAGAAAUACUUCAACCUUCUCUAACAGAGAUUCCCAUAUUCUUAAGGCAAAGUAAUGUAGCUUCUGGUUUUCAUGAAUCAGACAGACUAAACUUUAAAAUGCUUGUGAUUUUUAUUCUGACACGGCUUCUUAAACAUAUCAAAAUUAUAUUCAAUGAACACUUAAGACUACUCCUAAUUUACAUGUUGAUUUGUUCAGAGUUCAGUUACAUGGAUGCAUCUCUCCCAUAGGCCUCCUGGUGCGCGCACAGUUCCAUAUAUAUAUAAAAAAGUUUUAACUCAACCCAAUUCGUAGUCAAGCCUGGGCUGUAAGGGAGAAAGUAGAAGCUAUUUUGGAAUGCAGGAACUCUCUAGAGGGUCGCCACUAGGAAAAGACUGUUGAGAGACGUGUUGCCUUUGAGAGCAGAAAGGGGGCUGGAGUGUAGGGCGAGCCCCUGGGUCUCUCCGGCCUCGUUCCCCCGUACGAGGGUCGUGAUCAUACCCGCCCUCAUCUACCUCACCAAGUUGUAAGGAUCGGGGGACGCUUGUGCUCGUGCUCGGGUUCUCCGGAGCCAGGGGCACCCAGCGGCGAGGGGCUCGCCUCCGCUUGGCCUCCACGCCGAUGUCGUUCACGGCCGUGGCUCAUCCUAUCAGUCCUGGCACCUGUGCCCUUGCACGCGGACCCUGUCUGCUUCUCCCCGCCACAUGCCCGGGCUGAGUUUUCCUCUAAUAGUCCUGGGCAGAAGUGUCCCUUCUAAAACCAAGCUCCUUGUCGUGGUGCUAUGGCAGCUACAAUUGUAUCUUGAGUUAGAUUAAUGUGGUAAAACCAUCAGAUGAUCAGAAGGUCACUCUGCCUGGGCCUUAGGGCGGGGCCUGUCGGGCCUGGGCACCUGCGGGGGGCCUGGUCUGUAAGAGGGAGGGGGAGCGUCUCACUCGCUGGUCGAGCCUUCCUCUCCAACCACCGUGUCCGUAGGAGUUCAGCCUCAGGAGAAAGGUCUCCUUCAUCGUAAUUCCUUCUCGAGCCUCUGCCGCGGCGUCUGGCCCCCUCGGCAUCCUCCCCCUGCCCAGAACACUUAGGCUGAGACAGGCCGACCCGGUUUCGGGAGGGAAGGGGCUCCUGAUUCUAGGAAGUAAUAAAGGGCACAUGACCGCAGGUUGCGUAAGCAAUUCCUUUUUUGCAACAGACAAGCUUGGGGGGUUUUGUUUGCUUUUUCGUUUGUUAAGGAAAAAAAAUGCAUUUCAGGUGCACAGGGUGUGGACGCUUCAACUCUUACCCUAACCGGUAGGUGUUGACCUCGCCUUGUUGUGGCGCUCGGGCUUUCCCAGCUCUUCACUAGCAUCGGGGGUACCGGCUCAGUUUUAUAGGAUAAUGAGAAUUACAGGUACCGAAAGGGAAAAGUUGGGGGGGAUCCGGGCUUAGAAAAUGAACGCAAAGUCCGCCUCGCUGAGUGACACAGCUGAGGACACAGGUACAUCAGGAAUACUGGCAAUGAAGCAAUUUGUGCCGUAACGCGUCGCUUUCGUGUCUCCUCAGUUACGGGGACACCCAUAAAAGUAUUACUGCAUCUUGUGAGUGAAGAUCGUUCUUGCGGCCUAGUAUACAGAUGCGUCCGUAGGCCGUGGGAAGCGGUGGGGGUGUGUGGGGGCGUGUGUGUAUAAACUAUGUUUAUAACACUGUGUAUUACAUAAAUUUAUAUAGAAAAAAAAUGUGUUUCUUUCGUGUUUGGGGGACUAAAAUUGUAAUAUAACCAUCCCAGUGUAAUCUUGACAACUCACUCUAGAGAACAUUUAUAUCGCACACAAAUGCACACCCUUAAAGCGUUGCUAACUGCUCCCACUUCAGAUAAUUGCUGCUUUUUUUAAACCCUAAGUAAUGGAGAAGGAAAUAGCACUCUUCUUAAAGGGGGCUUUUCUGAAAAAGUAAAAUGUAAAUAAAUAUAGGACAUGUGGGGAGGGUGGGACCACCUGCAAAUGUCCUGCAGAGGGACAAAUAGCCUUUUAAAUUUUACUUUUUAACCAUCUUGACCGUGUGUGCCUAUUUGUAUUGCAGAUGACGUGAACUAUUUUUGGGGGUUGAUAUCAGUAUGUUUUGAAACUGAAUUAUUACACAAAAUCAGAGUAACCUCUCUCUCCAUCCUCCUUUUCCACACUAACUAUUCUUGCCAAAUAUUUCUGCUGAAACCAAGGUCCAGCAUGGGAAAAUGAUGGACUCUCUCAAACCACCUUCCUCAUCUUCCCCAUCCUGUCUUACACCUGGUCUGGCCUUAGAUUUUUUUGUUGGCUUUUCAUAAAUAACAACUUACUGUCCUAAUACAAAGACUGUGGAAUUUCAAAAAUGUUUAUAAGCCUUUCUUUGUUAAUGUUUGGUUACACAGUUAACACCAGUUCAAACAAUGGGGUCUAAAUCUGUAAUAUGCUCUAAGACCAGAGAAGACGCUGAACAAUACACAACGUGACGGCCACAUUUCAUUAAGAGGGAAGUGGAGGUGGGAGCGGACUACGAUUUAUGUAAUCGGUGUGUAAUCAGAAACACCAAACGCCGGAUCCUAUCACUGUGUACUUGGGGGCCAGGCUUCGGGUUUGGUUGUCAUUUUAAUUCCUUGAAUACUAUAUGUAAUCAUGAUGAGCAGAAGGCAAAUAAAGUUUUUAAACAAAAGUGCUUUUUUCGGUAAUUAAAGUUUGGUAGCAAAUUUUCUACUUUCAGUUAACAGUUACCUUCCCCCCCCCCAAAAAAAAUAUGACUACAAAAUAUUUGCGGUUGAGAUUGAGAAGCUUGAAGAAGAUGCUUUUUAAGCAGUUCGGUCACUUACAAUAUUUUCUGUUAAAGAAAUUGUCAUAAUUCUUCUUGAGCCAAACUGUCACUAAAAUGCCCCGUGACAGAACCACUCCUCUCUUUCUGCCGUUCCGCACAUUGGAAGGGUUCUGUGUUGUAUUUGUUUUUAAUCCUUAAUUUAAAAAAAAUAAUGAUGAUCAUGGUUUUAGUGUUGCUUAGCUUCAGUUUGAAGUGUAAAUUUCACUAAUAAUUGCAAUAAAAAGAAAAGCUUUGCUCCAAA